CCGGCAGCAGCGCCGGAGCCGUUCGCAGGCGCUGAGUGGAGCCUCGCAGACGUGCCCGUGUGAGAGAAUAAAUGGUGUUCCUCUAUUGUUUUGUUUCUGCUGGCAGUGGAGUGGAAAUCAUGGCAAAUGCUUUUUCAGUCUAGGACUGAGUGACAACCCUUCAAAGUAUAUGGUAUAUUAACAUUUUCUUCAGUGGGAUAUUUCAAAGAUGAUUUGGCUCCCACUGGGACUUGGAGAUCUGAUGCCACAAUGAGGACUCACACCCGGGGAGCCCCAAGUGUGUUUUUCAUACAUGUGAUGUGCUUCGCCUUCGCUUGCGGCAUCAGGGAGGACGUGGAUGCCAUGGUUCCUUUUGUCAAUGCCAACUACGACAGUUAUCCCAUGCUCUACUUUUCCAAGGGUGACGUGGAGGGUCUGCGUCUCCAGGCUGCAACCACACACCGACACAUCACGGCUCGGCUGAUGGAGGCAGUGCAGACAAUGCUGUCAAACCCCCUGGAGUACCUCCCGCCAUGGGAUCCAAAGGAGUUCAGCGCUCGGUGGAAUGAGAUUUACGGCAACAACCUGGGGGCCUUGGCAAUGUUCUGUGUUCUCUAUCCUGACAACACUGAAGCCAUUGGCAUGGCCAAGGAUUACAUGGAGAGGAUGGCAGCUCAGCCUAGUUGGCUGGUGAAGGAUGCCCCAUGGGAUGAGGUCCCUCUGGCUCACUCCUUAGUUGGCUUUGCCACAGCUUAUGACUUCUUGUACAGCUAUCUUAGCAAGACUCAACAGGAGAGAUUUCUUGAGGUAAUUGCCAAUGCUUCGGGAUAUAUGUACGAAACAUCAUACAGACGAGGAUGGGGUUUCCAGUAUCUCCAUAACCACCAGCCUACCAACUGUGUGGCCCUGCUGGCUGGAAGCCUGGUUCUGAUGAAUCAAGGCUACCUUCAGGAAGCUUACUUAUGGACCAAGCAAGUAUUGGCAAUCAUGGAAAAGUCAGUAGUCCUGCUGCAGGAGGUCACAGAUGGCUCCCUCUAUGAAGGGGUGGCUUAUGGCAGCUACACAACCAGGUCACUGUUUCAGUACAUGUUUCUUGUCCAAAGGCACUUUGAUAUCAAUCACUUCAACCACCCCUGGCUCAAGCAGCACUUUGCAUUUAUGUACAGGACUGUCCUGCCAGGGUUUCAGAGGACUGUGGCCAUUGCAGACUCCAAUUACAACUGGUUCUAUGGGCCAGAGAGCCAGCUGGUGUUUCUCGACAAAUUCGUCAUGCGCAAUGGCAGCGGGAACUGGUUGGCAGACCAGAUCAGGAGGAAUCGGGUGGUGGAGGGCCCGGGGACUCCAUCCAAAGGGCAGAGGUGGUGCACUCUCCACACUGAAUUUCUCUGGUAUGAUGCAAGUUUGCGCUCCAUCCCUCCGCCAGACUUUGGGGUUCCAAAGCUGCAUUACUUUGAGGACUGGGGAGUGGUAACCUACGGAAGUGCUUUGCCAGCUGAAAUCAACAGGCCUUUCCUUUCCUUCAAGUCAGGAAAGCUGGGAGGACGUGCAAUAUAUGAUAUUGUUCAUAAGAACAAGUACAAAGAGUGGAUCAAGGGAUGGAGGAACUUUAACGCUGGCCAUGAACACCCAGACCAGAACUCCUUUACUUUUGCUCCCAAUGGCGUACCUUUCAUUACAGAAGCUCUGUAUGGGCCAAAAUAUACUUUUUUUAAUAAUGUAUUGAUGUUUUCCCCUGCUGUGUCCAAGAGCUGCUUCUCCCCAUGGGAAGGGCAGAUUACAGAGGACUGUUCUUCGAAAUGGCUUAAAUAUAAACAUGAUUUGGCUGGUGACUGCCAGGGACGAGUGGUUGCUGCCAUGGAGAGAAGCGGUGUGGUUUUUAUCAGGGGAGAAGGAGUGGGGGCAUACAAUCCUAAACUGAAGCUGAGAAAAUUGCAAAGAAACCUCAUACUUCUUCAUCCUCAACUUUUGUUGCUGGUGGACCAAAUUCACCUAGAAGAUGACAGCCCUCUGGAGGCAGCAACCAGUUUCUUCCACAAUGUGGAUGUGCCUUUUGAAGAAACAGUUGUCGAUGAGAUUCAUGGGGCAUUCAUUAGACAUCGUGAUGGAAUAUAUAAGAUGUACUGGAUGGAUGACACUGGCCACAGCGAGAAAGCUACCAUUGCCUCAAGAAUGUAUCCCCGGGGCUACCCUUAUAAUGGAACAAACUAUGUGAAUGUAACGACCCUCCUGCGGCACCCCAUCACCAGAGCCAUUUACUUGUUCAUUGGGCCCUCCAUCGAUGUGCAAAGCUUCACUGUCCGUGCCGACUCUCGGCAGCUGGAUGUUUUUGUCACCACCAAUGAGCACUCCUAUGCAGUUUACCUGUGGACAGUGGAGGAUGGGCCUCGUUCUGCCUUUGCACAGAUUACUGCAGGCCGUCAGAAAAUUGUCUUUGACCGAACGUCUGCCAUUAGGAACUUUGCAGUGCCAGAAGUGAAGGACUACAUUGGGAUUGUGGAGAGGAACCUGCAGCAUUUUAAGCCUGUUUUCCAGCAGCUUGAAAAGCAGAUCUUGUCUCGUGUACGAAACACAGCUAGCUUUAGGAAGACUGCUGAACGCCUGUUGAGAUUUUCAGAUAAGAGACAGACAGAAGAGGCCAUUGAUAGAAUAUUUGCAAUCUCACAGAGGCAGCAGCAGCAGCGUGGAAGAGCAAAGAAAAAUAGAAAACUAUCCAAAGGUUACAAAUUCGUUGAUGCUGUUCCUGACAUUUUUGCACAAAUUGAGGUAAAUGAAAGAAAAGUGCGACAGAAGGCACAGACUCAAGCACAAAAAGAGUUGCCUGUUGAUGAAGAUGAGGAAAUGAAAGAUCUUCUGGAUUUUGCAGAUGUCACUUAUGUGAAGCACAAAACUGGAGUUUCAAUCAAGGGCCGAUCAGGGCUGGCACAGUUGGUGGCAACCACUCGAAGUAGUGCCCCAUCAAUAUCAGCUUCUUAUACUCGCCUCUUUCUAAUUCUCAACAUUGCUAUUUUUUUUGUCAUGUUAGCAAUGCAGCUCACAUACUUUCAGAAGGCCAAGAGACUGCAUGGCCAAAGAUGUCUGUAUGCAAUACUUUUAGUAGAUAGCUGUGUAUUAUUGUGGCUGUAUUCUUCCUGUUCUCAGUCACAAUGUUAGCAGAAGAGCUCUACUAGUUGACCAAUUUAUGGUCAUAUAUGUCUAUGCAAAAGCAUUAACCCUAAUAGGGCCAAAGUUUAUGUUCUUUUCUUUCUGAAACAUUCCAAAAACAGCUGGGGAAAUACUGGUUUCAGACCAGAAAGAAUUGACAAAUCAGGCAGGCAAUGAAUUUCUCAGAAAACUAAGUACUUAGUAAGUACUCCUCCUUUGAAUUUUGAGUUGGGCCUCACAUCUGAGGAAACGUUAUGCUUUGUUCUUCAGAGUUCAGUAAUGCAAAGCUGUAAUUAAUUAUUUUUUUUUGUGAGAAGAGCCCUCUUAAGGUUUGUGUUUCUAAGGGUUUGGUUUUUUUUAAUACGGAAUUGGAUUUACAUGUAGUGACUUUUCAUUUCCAGGCUGCUGUGAAUGUUUGUGGACAUUCUCUUAAGGAAAGGUUAUUCACUCACAAGUAUGCAGGGCAGAUCUUGGCAGCAGAUGCCGUUUCUCUCUGCCAAACCAAAGAAUAUUUAAUUGUGGGACACUCCUGUAUAAUUAUUUCAGACACUUCCAUCAUGUCAUCUCUCCCAUGCUUUACAGUCUGGCAUGGUUGGAGGUGUCAGUCCUGUCAGUACCUACCAGUGAGCAUCACAAUGUUUAGUAGGCAGUGACAGAAGGAGGAGAAAAAGGAGCUGGUUUAAAGUACAAAGGAAGACAAUUCUCAGGAAAAAAAAAAUAAAGAAAACAAAAACCAAAACAACAAAAUAAACUUUUUUCAGUCAAGAGUUGACUGCAGAAAGAUGAAUGUUGUGGGGUCUGUUCUCAGUUUUUCAAGACUGGGUUUCACGAAAGUUUUCUAUUGUUUGAAGUGCAUCUUAGUAGAGAAAUAAUAUUCUUCUACAUGCACUUGUAAAAAUACAAAAGCCAAAGCAAUCCUGUGGUAACCUCAACAAUUGCCAGUAGGGAAGAAGAGGUAUUAUGGAAGUAUUUAGUGUCUUUUUUUCUUUUCACAUGGCUAGAAGCAGAGGACAGUGAAAAUAAUGUGAACGAUCUGUUCUCUAUAAAGCACCAGGAAGGGUUCUGCAAGCUCUUCGUGGCCCCUUGAUCAAUUAUCUGGGGAUUAGAGGUAAAUGGAGUCAUGUGGUUUACAGCAAAAAUAAGUUUGACAUCUCCACAUAUAUCCCCUUCUGUUCAUUAAACUGAUUUCAAGAAAUCAUAGCUAUGUGAGAGAAUGGAAAAUUUAUGGGGCAUAUCUGUAUGUCUUUAUGGGAAAAUAAUUUUUCCAGUAUAUUUGUUAAAUAAAAACAUUAUUUUCUCUGCGGAAAAAAAAAUGUUU